UUGAGACCGUUAGUACUUAAACGUAACCAUCUACGGUACGUGCUGUUAUACUGUUCGGUAUGUUCAGAAAAUAUUGCUCCGUUUCUUCUGUAUGGAAAUGCGUAAACAAUAAUCAAUCUCACGAUUUCAUAAACAUUUUGCAUGCAUUUUGAACACUUUUAUUGGAGCAUUUUAAAUUAUGUCAACUUGGCAAUAUUAAUGGAUUCGCACUAAAUACAUGGCUCCCAAUCGUUUUAUUCGCUCGCAGACAGAUCACACAAAAGUCGGGAGUCUGGUUUGCAGCGUGGGUUCCUCCAACAUCAACACGACCAGAAAUCUCGAUUAACUGAUUCAAGUGCGACCCAAGGCCACCACGCAUACGUUGCCAAGCACAUUGUGUGCCAUGUAUUAUUAUCGUGUAGCGUAAUAAUAAUCAAGUAUUUGUUACAACAUCAUCCAUCCAACUAAACUACUGAACCUGCCUGCAACCCAAACACUCCUCGUUACAUAAACAGUUGGUCGCCGAGAGUAUAAUGCUUUUGGCUGGCUAGUUAGAAAGCUGUAAUUAUUAUUAUUUCCAAGUUUAAAGUUUACAAGACACUGCAUUUUUUUCAUAAAAAAAUGAGUUUUAUCCGACAAUCCUUGGCAAAGUAUCCACUCAUCUCCAACUGCGUGAUUUAUGGCUCGCUCUACUUUACGGCAGAAAUUUCUCAGCAGACGGUUCUCAAAAAGUUUAUGAGAAAACCGGGUGAAGAAGAGAAGCCGUAUGAUACAGACGCCCUGAAACGCUAUGGGUUUGUGGGGACCGUUGUCCUUGCUCCGACCCUGUUCUACUGGUACAGAUUUUUGGACAGCAGAGUGAUUGGGACGACGGUGAAGAUUGUGGCGAAAAAGUGCCUGAUUGACCAAUUCGUAUUCACGCCAAAUCUUCUCGCCCUCUUCUACAUCACGAUGUCUGUGCUGGAGAAGAAGGAGGACGUGUUUGAGGAACUCAGACGAAAAUUCAUUCCUACUUUUGUGGUGAGUAGCUGUUUCUGGCUCCCCGUCCAAGCGGUCAACUUUUCCGUGGUGCCUGCACGCUACCGUGUGACCUACAUUGGAUUCGCCAGCCUCCUCUGGGCAAAUAUUUUAUGUUACAAGAAACGUAACAAUUAAUUGAUGGAUUAUUUACACCUUUUGUGUGAGAAAAAAUGCAAUCUUUCAAGGAUUUUAAGGGACCCGUUUUAAUGACCAAUGUUGCUUUAAUUAAAUUUUUAAUUGUCGCCAUAAAGUGUUCUUUCUAAUCGUUGUUUUUUUGUGUGUCUUCAUAUCGCAUUUGUAAAGGAAAAAGAUUUUCCUUCCAACCAGCAAUAAAAGAUACAAAGGAAUGAAUUA